GAAGGGAGGGACAAUCAGGCUUGUUUAUUAAGCAUUUUCAUUGCAUGAAGCUGGCUAAAGGCUAUAUUGGUAGGCUUCGGCAUGGCAAAAAAGCCUAGGUUUGCAUGUAUUCUGCACCACCAUAGUUGACAAAUGUUUAUUCUCCUUUGGAAAUGACAACAUUAAUUCUAAGAAACCCUUCUCUGCUUUCGGAAUAAAGCAAAAAUACCAUCAGCUUCAUUGGCUCCUAGUUACAUCCGUCUGUCUAGUGUUCCUCCCUCUCUCUUCUUUUCUUUAUUUUCCUUCCCCUUUUCAAAGCCUCCGCCUCAUCUUUGUUGUAGCAAAGCCUGCUAGGAUAGGCCGAAUUCCAAUCUCUUCAGGCCCCAACUUCUGUUGUCCUCGGCCUGACUCACUGAAGCCAUUAGGUUUGGGCCGUCUGGCCAUUUUCCACUUUGAUUGCAUUGCUGCAAAUGUGAGGAGCGUGGGUUAAACAGAGAGGAAAAUCCACCUCCUGUGACUCUUAGCAUGCAUUGACCAAUUCCCUGUGGUAUCAUCCAGCUCGGCUUCCUUCUCUCUAUCAAAACAAACUCCAAAGAUUUACAUGUAGAGUGGAAACCUCAUUGACCUGUCCACCAUGUUCCACCGUUCAAUAGAGGAAUUCGCUCCCAGCCAUCAAAUAUAGGCACUUCCCCCACCUCUAUAUAUAAGAGGGCAUAAACUCGUUGAGCUAGCAGGAAUCCAGGCUUUGUUUUGAUCAGCUUUUCCGAAUAGAAAUUGAUAAGGAUAUGGCUGCCAAAUCCUCCCUCCUCUUCAUUGUUGCAUUCUUCCUAGCUUUGUCCACCACUUCUACAGCUUUCAACGUCACCAAGGUCCUUGGACAAUACCCGGAUUAUGGCAGUUUCAACGACCUUCUAAGCCAGACCAAGCUCGCUGAACAAAUCAGCCAUCGCCAAACCAUUACCAUACUGGCCCUGGAUAACGCUUCUAUCUCCUCCAUCGCAAGCAGGCCUAGUGAUGAAGUCAAGAAGAUCCUCAUGAAUCACGUUGUCCUUGACUACUUCGAUACUUUCAAGAUCCAAAAGCUGGGAAAGAAGAGCGCCAUUCUCACCACAUUAUACCAAACCACAGGCCUGGCUCAGGGUCAACAAGGUUUCUUGAAUAUUACCAAGCUAGGUCCAGGUGAAGUUGUGUUCGGUUCGGCCGUGAAGGGUGCACCGCUGGUUUCUAAGCUUUUGGGGUCCGUAGUUUCCCAGCCUUUCAACUUAUCAGUGCUUCACGUUAGCACACCUAUUGUGGCCCCUGGCUUCGGUGAGGCCGUCCUUGCUCCUCCACCACCACCGGGAUCCCCUCCUCCAGCCCCUGCUCCCAAGAAGGCUGCGGCACCUGCUCCCUCGGAGGAGGAGGAAGCUGAUGACGACGAAUCGGCAGCCCCAGAUGGUGCACCCUCCCCUGCCCCAGCUGACGCUCCAGCGGCCGAUGCUCCAACCAAGGGGAAGACGCCCCCAGCACCCAAAGAUGCUGAUGAAGAAGAAGAAGCAGCCGCUCCUUCCGCUUCCUCUAGAGUGGCUUCAAGUAUCGCUGUUGCAGCGGUGAUGGGCUUGGUCGCGAGCUUAGUAGCCUUCUAAGAUAUUGUUAUAUAACGUGAAGAAAGAUGGAAAAUUUUUUUAUUUCUAUUUUUGUAUAAUUGAAAUUCAAGACGAAAAGCGAGGGGUGACCGUGAGCGUUGGGAGGGACGGCAGUGUGUAAUCUCAUGAUCAAAAUUAUUGGAAAAUAAAAAAAGGUAAAAUUGCCAA